AUGAAGAUCGAUUUGGAUAAGGAUAAAGCGCUGGAAUUAUUCGGGAAGUUCAUCAGAACAAAAAAUGUGGAUAAUCUCCAGGGUGAACGAAAAACUAAAUCCGGUCAAGUUAGUCCGCCUGACUCUAAGCAGAAACUACAGAAGUGCCUGACGACUCUGGACUUGACGUCCCUUGGUGUGGGAUCUUGCGUCGGAACAGGGAUGUAUCUGGUCGCAGGAAUGGUCGCGCGAAAAGUGGCGGGACCCGGCGUCGUCAUUUCGUUCAUUAUCGCAGCAGUUGCUUCCAUUUUUUCUGGAGCGUGCUAUGCCGAGUUUGGAGUCAGAGUGCCUCACACAACCGGCAGCGCGUACAUGUACAGCUACGUGACAGUAGGAGAAUUAAUAGCCUUCGUAAUUGGGUGGAAUAUGGUGCUGGAGUACCUUAUAGGUACAAGUGCGUGUGCCUGUGCGCUAAGCGCUUGUUUGGAUGCCUUGGCAAAUGGUGCUGUUUCCGGAGCGAUAGGCAAUACCGUUGGUACCAUUUUCGGUCGCCCGCCGGAUUUUCUCGCGUUCAUUAUCACGCUGUUAAUGAUGCUGCUAAUGGCAGCAGGAGUAAAAAAAUCUCUGAUGUUUAACAAUGUGUUAAACACUAUAAAUCUCGCCGUUUGGGUCUUCAUCAUGACUGCCGGUCUGUUUUACGUGGACUCGAGUAAUUGGUCAGAGCACAAGGGCUUUCUUCCUUAUGGCUGGAGCGGGGUUUUCACUGGCGCUGCAACCUGUUUCUAUGCCUUCAUUGGAUUCGACAUAAUAGCUACAACUGGCGAAGAAGCGACGAAUCCGAAGAGGAGCAUCCCUCUAGCUAUAGUAAUGUCACUUCUCAUUAUACUCAUCGCAUACGUCACCAGUAGUAUGGUACUCACAUUGAUAGUUCCUUACGACGAAGUCGAUCAAGACUCGGCGUUGGUGGAAAUGUUCGGCUACGUUGGAGCUAAUAAGUGCAAAUAUAUUGUUGCUAUUGGUGCUCUAGCCGGAUUGACGGUUUCCAUGUUCGGUAGCAUGUUCCCCAUGCCUAGGAUAGUUUACGCUAUGGCUCAAGAUGGACUGAUUUUUCGAUCCUUGAGCAAAGUGUGGCCCGUGACAGGGACUCCAGCCUUAGCCACCUUAAUUUCAGGAGUAUGUGCUGCUUUCGCGGCACUAUUAAUUAAAUUGGAAGUAUUGGUGGAAAUGAUGAGUAUUGGUACUUUGCUAGCCUACACUCUAGUCUCUACGUGCGUUCUAAUAUUACGGUACCAACCAAACACCACUAACUUGGUCGAGUUAUUGCCUCAAAGUUUACGCACACCUUGUCGAACUCCAACGAAAGAACCACAGAGCAACGGGCAAGUUAGUUACGGCAAAGAGCUCAGACCAGAUCAGUUAUCUUCAGCCUUGAACACAGUUCAGGCGUCUCAAUCGGAACUUGUUGCCAGUAACAAUGGCCAACGUGUCAUGGUGCGACGAGUGAGAAGAGCGAAUAGUUCAUCACCCGAUUCAGACGAUACUUUUGGUGGAGAAGAAGAUGAUGUUGGCCUGGGUAAAGACGACCAAUAUUUGGUUAGCGACAGGUCUGAGAACAAAUUUUACGGCAGCGUUCAUGCUGCGGCUACAACGGGUUCUAGUUGUGGCAGUACACAUCAAUAUCCUGGAAAUACACCUAUUAUUGGACCACCAUUAAAUUAUUUGCAACGCAAAUUACAGGACGCACAAUAUCUCUGCCCUGCUAUAUUCCCUUGGGUAGACAGAGGACCAGCAACCGAAGCUUCCGGUCGAUACGUUAUGAAGUUGGUCGGAAUUUUGUAUCUACUCAUUCUAAUUUUCGACCUGAUUAUCGUUUGUGGCAUGGGUAAUAUGGGGACGUUUACAACGCUAUUAAUGUUUGCUUUUCUAUUCGGUAUCAUCGGGAUCCUCCUGGUGAUCAGUCGAAAACCACAAAACAGAAACACAUUGGCGUUUAAGACCCCAGGAUUGCCGUUUGUACCAGCGAUAGCAGUCACUGUGAACAUUUAUCUUAUAUUCAAACUAAGCGUGCUGACGCUAGUGAGAUUUACGAUUUGGAUGAUUCUUGGUUUCCUCAUGUACUUCUACUAUGGUAUUAAGCACAGUAGCCUUGAGGAAGCCAGUAAGUCUGAAAAUUUGGACGACGCGGUUGCUGGGUCUGCUGGAAAUAUUGAGCUCACCGUUACUGAGCCUUCGAAAUUUUAUCCUGCACAAGAUCGUAAUAUUUACGAAGGCCAGCAACUUGAUGUCUUCGGUCAGCCAAUCUUUGGCAGUACGAAUUUUGGAGGUACGCCUAGCCAAAAUGCAGCCCAAACUCAAGAAAGAGCUCUGUUCGUUAAACAAGAGAGUUUUCCGACCUGGGACGAUUAAAGGUAAAAUUUGCACGCAUUUUGGCUGCACUUGCGCGAUUGACGGAAUGUCGGAAUGUUGUAGUAAAAAAGAAUUUCA